AAUGCGAUAACCAACACCGCGAAAAUUACCUAUAAAACCUUUGAGUUUCAUCCAAGAUUUAAUCUACUUGAACCAUCCUUUGUGCCUGGACGCCAUUACUACUUCAUCGGUACUGGUGACGGAACAAAAGCUAGUCUCAAGGCCAAGUCUGGUGGUCAUUGCACAAUGUAUCACAUGAAAUUGCAUAUCUAUGUCUGCGAUCCCAAAAUAGAGACCUGCAUAUGGGAACAACCGUACUGCGAACCAACGUAUGAAUUCAAAAGGGUCAUGACAGCCUACAGUCGAAAACUACCACCACCCACGAGGGCCCCAGAAACCCUCCCCUCUCCUCGAAGAACCUCCCCGAAGAAAGUGUUAACGGUAGCUAACCGUCCAACCACGUCCUUAACAACGAAGACAAACGCUGGAAGAACUGAAAGCCAGAAGAGUCAUGAGUGUGACACAGAUGAUGAUGGAGAUUCAGUGCAUAUGAUUCUUAAUUUUGUUCUUGGCGGAGUCAUUCUUUUUAUGGCAGUCGUCAUUGUUAUCUUGUCUUGUGGACUAGCACGAAAAUCCGACACAACUCGACCGGCGUCAGGGGCUUUCUCCGCCAUAUCAGGGCAGGAACCUAACGGCAAUCUUUACCAAGAAAGCGCAAGAUUCGUCCAACCGAUGUACACUCCCGCAUCCAAGUCACCACCCCAAACACCAUUAAGCGUCAAUCCACCAUUCUAUCUUGCGCCGAUGGCCGAAAUUCGACCGCGGUCAUCUUCCAAUAGAAAUGGAUUUAAUAAUGUCGUAUACGGCAGGCGGCAGGACAGCGUCGAUGCGCAGGCAGGAAAGGGAUAGAAAUGAUCCCGAUGCUACCCGACAAUUAUCCGAAUGCUCCCGAACCAGUAUAGAGUUGAAAACAGGAUAGCAAAUUCAACUCAAUGGCAUUAGGAAGUCCGAGAGAAUGUCCCAUCGAAAACUGCCGGCCAAUUUUUGGAGAUUUGCUGAGCACACAGCUUUAUGCAUAAUUUAUGCGGGCGAUGGUAGCCAUAUUGGGCGAAUCUACAAAUCUUGGGUUUGUUUUCAAAAUGCCAACGUCCGUAUAGGCAUUCAACAAAUUCUGCUCGCCUUAAUGUUGAAAAAGAGACAAUAAUUUUAUGGUGCAACUUUCUUACAAAUCAGAAAGCAUAAACGACAUUUUAGAAACGUUUAGACAUUGGUCAUUAGAAAUUAUAGAAACGAUAUAUGUAUAUCACCAAAGAACACACAAUUCUUCACGGGAAAUUGUAGAACAUUUUCACUAGGGUAAUGUGAAUAUAGUUUUGUAAAUAUUUUGUUCUCUUGUUAAAACGAGAAAACAUUUUAGUCUAUGUAAAUAUAUAUAUGAAAAAUUGUUA